AUGGCGGGUUUCAAGAAGAAAUUUAGGGAAUUUUUAGAGCGCAAUGAAGCGCAGUCCAGAAAGUGUCUGUGGCACGCCGCAUGCACCUACAGGUUGGUCCAGACCUCGCGGCAUCUUGCAAGCUAUGACAUGUUCAGUGUUGGGGUUGCGGUUUGCUACAUCAUACUCUACAUAGACCUACGACAAGUGGAGUCUCAGCCUUCACAGACACCAGCAGACACUAACUUUGGGUUGUCAUACACGGCGCGGCGGCGUAUCGUGCGGCUCGAUCAGCUCUCUAGCCGAGAGGACGUUGAAAAUUGGGCCAGGAGUGGAGGGGAUGCUGAUGUCCACCUGACGAACGUGGGUAUCCUCCACGGGCCGGAUUCUCUUGUGCGCCUUCUGCGAGCGACCCAGAAAGCCCUGUUGAGGCAAGUCGCCUGGAGUGCCUUUUUCAGAGCCUGGGCCAGAAACAUGGCUCAACUCGUUCAUGGGGAGAAGCCUACAGUACACACCGAUGAUUAUAACGAGGCAGAGGAAAGGGUUUCCUGA